AUGGCGUCCACGUCGCGGCCGUCGGUGUCGGCGUCCGCCAUGAGCUACCUCCUCCUGGUGAUGGUGAGGGACUACCACGAGAAGGGGAAGGCGGGGAAGGCGCAGCUGGAGGAGAUGGGGGCGCAGCUCGGCGCGCGGCUCGCGGAGAGGUACACCAAGGACAGGCCGCGGUUCACGGAGCACACCGAGGUGGUGCUGUGGACGUGCAAGGAGUUCUGGCAGGAGACGUUCGGCAAGCGGGUGGACAACCUCAAGACGAACAACCGCGGGGUGUACGUCCUCACGGACGUCGCGUUCAAGUGGAUGUCCGGACUGCGACCGUUCGGGGGCGACACGGAGGAGGAAAGCUGGGCGUUGAUGAUGGCGCACGCGGACAGCUACGGGGCGUUCGCGGGCGGGGUGGUGCGGGGCGCGCUCGAAUCCCUCGGCUUGCGAUGCUCGGUGUCCCAAGAGCCGACGAGCCAAAGUGCUGCUACCGCCACAAGCAUUGAGGAGUUUAAGCCGCUGGGGUGUAAGUUCACCGUGCGACUGGCCGCGGGGCUGGGUUUCGGGGGCGUCGCGUGA